CCAAGGUGGCAUCUGCAGGCUUGCGGCUCCCUGGGGACCGCGAGCCUGGCCCUGCCCUGCCCUGCCCCGCUCGGCACCAUGGCCCUCCUGCUCCUGCCCCUCUUGCUGGCAUCUCUGCCCCCGCCCAGCUCGGGUAUCAAAGCCAACAAGCACAAGCCAUGGAUCGAGGCGGAAUACCAGGGCAUCGUCAUGGAGAAUGACAACACGGUGCUGCUGAACCCACCGCUCUUUGCCCUGGAUAAAGAUGCCCCCCUGCGCUAUGCAGGUGAGAUCUGCGGUUUCCGGCUCCACGGGGCUGGGGUUCCCUUUGAAGCGGUGAUCCUGGACAAGGCCACGGGAGAGGGGCUGAUCCGGGCCAAGGAGCCAGUGGACUGCGAGGCCCAGAAGGAACACACGUUCACCAUCCAGGCCUACGACUGUGGCGAGGGCCCCGACGGCGCCAACACCAAGAAGUCCCACAAGGCCACAGUGCACGUGCGGGUCAACGAUGUGAACGAGUUUGCACCCGUGUUUGUGGAGCGGUUGUACCGUGCUGCGGUGACCGAGGGCAAGCUGUAUGACCGCAUCCUGCGCGUGGAGGCCAUCGACGGUGACUGCUCUCCCCAGUACAGCCAGAUCUGCUACUACGAGAUCCUCACACCCAACACGCCCUUCCUCAUUGAUAAUGAUGGGAACAUUGAGAAUACAGAAAAACUACAGUAUAGCGGUGAGAAACUCUACAAGUUUACCGUGACAGCUUAUGACUGCGGGAAGAAGCGGGCGGCUGAUGACGCGGAGGUGGAGAUCCAGGUGAAGCCCACCUGUAAGCCCAGCUGGCAAGGCUGGAACAAAAGGAUUGAGUAUGCACCGGGUGCCGGGAGCUUGGCUCUGUUCCCUGGGAUCCGUCUGGAGACCUGCGAUGAACCUCUCUGGAACAUUCAGGCCACCAUAGAGCUGCAGACCAGCCAUGUGGCGAAGGGCUGCGACAGGGACAAUUACUCAGAGCGGGCCCUGCGGAAGCUGUGCGGUGCUGCCACCGGGGAGGUGGACCUGUUGCCCAUGCCCGGCCCCAAUGCGAACUGGACGGCGGGGCUCUCAGUUCACUACAGCCAGGACAGCAGCCUCAUCUACUGGUUCAAUGGCACCCAAGCUGUGCAGGUGCCCCUGGGGAGCACAGCUGGACUGGGCUCGGGACCCCAGGACAAUCUCAGCGACCACUUUACCCUGUCCUUUUGGAUGAAGCACGGUGUGACCCCUAACAAGGGCAAGAAGGAGGAGGAGACCAUCGUGUGCAACACUGUCCAGAACGAGGACGGCUUCUCUCAUUACUCUCUGACCGUCCAUGGCUGCAGGAUCGCCUUCCUCUACUGGCCCCUGCUGGAGAGUGCCCGCCCUGUCAAGUUCCUCUGGAAGUUGGAGCAGGUGUGCGAUGACGAGUGGCACCACUAUGCUCUAAACCUCGAGUUCCCCACGGUCACGCUGUACACUGAUGGCAUUUCCUUCGACCCAGCUCUCAUCCAUGACAAUGGCCUCAUCCACCCGCCCCGAAGGGAGCCGGCCCUCAUGAUCGGGGCCUGCUGGACUGAGGAGAAGAACAAAGAGAAAGAAAAGGGAGGCGACAACAGCACCGACAGCACCCAAGGAGACCCCUUGCCGGUCCACCACUACUUCCAUGGCUACCUGGCUGGUUUCAGCGUGCGCUCAGGUCGCCUGGAGAGCCGCGAGGUCAUCGAGUGCCUCUAUGCAUGUCGGGAGGGGCUGGAUUAUAGGGAUUUCGAGAGCCUGGGCAAGGGCAUGAAGGUCCACGUGAACCCCUCGCAGUCCCUGCUCACCCUGGAGGGGGAUGAUGUGGAGACCUUCAACCACGCGCUGCAGCACGUGGCUUACAUGAACACUCUGCGCUUUGCCACGCCGGGCGUCAGGCCCCUGCGCCUCACCACUGCUGUCAAGUGCUUCAGUGAGGAGUCUUGUGUCUCCAUCCCCGAAGUGGAGGGCUAUGUGGUGGUCCUCCAACCCGAUGCCCCCCAGAUCCUGCUGAGUGGCACUGCUCACUUUGCCCGUCCGGCUGUGGACUUUGAGGGGCCCGAGGGGGUGCCUUUGUUCCCCGAUCUGCAGAUCACCUGCUCCAUUUCUCAUCAGGUGGAGGCCAAGAAGGAUGAGAGCUGGCAGGGCACAGUAACGGACACUCGAAUGUCAGAUGAGAUCGUGCACAACCUGGACGGCUGUGAAGUGUCCCUGGUGGGGGAUGACUUGGACCCCGAGCGGGAAAGCCUGCUCUUGGACGUGGCAUCCUUGCAGCAGCGCAGGCUGGAGCUCACCAACACGUCUGCCUACCUCACCAUUGCUGGGGUGGAGAGCAUCACUGUAUAUGAAGAGGUCCUGAGGCAGGUCCGCUACCGGCUGCGGCACGGAGCUGCCCUCUACGCCAGGAAGUUCCGGCUUUCCUGCUCCGAAAUGAAUGGCCGCUACUCCAGCAAUGAGUUCAUCGUAGAGGUCAACGUCCUGCAUAGCAUGAAUCGGGUGGCCCACCCCAGCCACGUGCUCAGCUCCCAGCAGUUCCUGCACCGUGGUCACCAGCCUCCCCCUGAGAUGGCUGGACACAGCCUGGCCAGCUCCCACCGGAACUCCAUGGUCCCGAGCGCCGCGACCCUCAUCAUUGUGGUGUGCGUGGGCUUCUUGGUGCUUAUGGUUAUACUGGGCCUGGUCCGCAUCCACUCCCUGCAUCGCCGUGUAUCCGGGGCUGCUGGGCCCCCGGGGACCUCCAGUGACCCCAAGGACCCCGACCUCUUCUGGGAUGACUCGGCCCUCACCAUCAUCGUGAACCCCAUGGAGUCCUACCAGAAGCGGCAGGCCUGUGUGGCGGGGGCUCCCGGCGGGCAGCAGGAGGAUGAGGACAGCAGUGACUCGGAGGUGGCCGACUCUCCCAGCAGCGACGAGAGACGCAUCAUAGAGAGCCCCCCACACCGCUACUGAGGCCCAGCCCCAGCCAGAGAGAGGACUCU